CCGUAUCCAUGGCAACGGGAUAAACCUGAGCUAAGCGCCAACGUCUGGAUUUGUUGAUUUUUUUCUGGGACGUUUUAGUUCAUUUUUAAAGGCACUCUUUAAAUGAUGAUGUUGAUGAUGAUGAUGCUGUGAGGCAGCCGUAACAUUAGGCCAUAGUAUCUCCAUAAAACAGUCAUGGACAACUCGCCUUGCCCCCUUGAGACUGCUUGUCCAUACUGACUGAGCUGUGCAGUGCAGUUUAAGAACAUUAUCCCCUUUUAAUCCACUUUGCCUUCUGCUACAUGCAGGUGGACAGACUGUCAGAUGAAGCAGGGUGGCACAACACACACCCGCGUCCAUGUGUAAUUGGUCUUUUAUUUUGGAAACUGAACCAAUUCUCACAUUGAACUUUGACGCUGGAUUGUAGUUUUUAAGUAUCCUUUUUAGUAUUAUCUACUGUACUACUUUGUAAUAAUAAGCAGUGAUCGUGAAUUCAGAGCAGACAUGGAGGACCCCGAUAUACGACAACAGAAGCUGGACAACCAGCGAACCCUUUUGAUGAAAAAGCAGCAAAAGAAGAGGGCUGAUUCUCAAAUGGUGGUUGCAAACUGGGACACUCGCCAAAAGAACCGAAAGCACAAAGUUGCCCGUUCUGAUGAGACACCUCUGUUGAUCAGCCAAUCCCUGAGCAACGCUUCCCUGAGUGAUCAAGUUGAACAUGCCCACGAUAACCCAUUGGAUGAGAUCACACUGGAUGAAUGCAAUACAACAGCAAGCAUGACGUUAGAUGAGGUGCCUUCAGAGAAACAUGCUACUCCCAAGAAGAUGAACCUGGAGAUUGACAAAGAGCACGAGGUGAAGUGUGAAUUUGAAAAUGAUGCUCAGGUGGAGGGGAAAAAGACAAAGAAGAAGGAAGUGAAAAAAGAAAAAGUCAAACAGAUGGAAAAGAAUGAUAAGAAGGAGACAGAGAUGGAAAAAGGCAAAGAGAAAAAGGAGAAAAAAACAAAGAAGAAAGUGAAAGAAUCUGAAGACCCACAGAAGACAAACAAGACAACCAAACAAGAGCGUAAAAAGAAGCACUUACUGGAGGCUUCAACCCAGGAGAUUGAGUCGGCGGUGGAUGUGGCAAGUCCAAAGAAGAAUAAACGGGAUGAAAGUGACGAUGAAGAGGAAGACCUGUCCCAGAGGCUUGUCCCUCAUUCACCCAAGAGCAAAAAACAACUCGACACAUCCAGGUGCCAAAUAAGUGACGAGAGCAAAGACGAGGAAACCCAGGAAACAGAGAAAAAGGGGAAAAAGACAAACAAAGCAGAAAAAACUACACCAAGUCUAGCUUCCCUUAACUCCAACUAUAGGGAGGGUUCGUCCUCAGGCAGUGAAUCUAACGAAAGGCCAACGUCUCCAGUGUCAGUGGAGGAUCUUGAAAUGUUUGCUUUGCGUCCAGCCCCCAGAGAUGUGACGAUCCAGUGUAGGGUCACCAGGGACAGGAGAGGCAUGGAGAAGGGCAUUUACCCGACUUACUACCUCCACAUGGAGAAGGAGGAUGGCAAGAGGGUGUUUCUAAUGGCAGGCAGGAAAAGGAAGAAGUGCAAAACAUCCAACUAUCUCAUCUCCACUGACCCGACAAAUCUGUCCAGAGACACAAACUGCUACAUAGGAAAACUAAGGUCCAAUGUUCUGGGUACAAAGUUUACAGUCUAUGAUGGAGGUGAAAACCCUGAGAAAAAACCUUUCAUCAAAGAGUGUGAAUCAGUGCGGCAAGAGCUGGCAGCCAUAUGCUAUGAGACGAAUGUGCUGGGAUUUAAGGGUCCCAGGAAAAUGACAGUGAUCAUCCCCGGCAUGCUGGAGAACGAUGAAAGAGUGUCCAUUCGUCCAAAGAAUGAACUAGAGACUCUACUGAUCCGCCAUGCGAACGGCAACACAGACAAACUGGUCACCCUGGUGAACAAAUCUCCGAGCUGGAACGAGCAGACUCAGUCAUAUGUGCUUAACUUCCAUGGACGUGUCACCCAGGCCUCCGUCAAGAACUUCCAGAUCAUCCACCCUGACAAUGAGGAUUACAUAGUGAUGCAGUUUGGCCGUGUAGCAGAGGACGUCUUCUCUAUGGAUUACAGUUUCCCCAUGUGUGCCCUGCAAGCCUUUGCCAUUACCUUGUCGUCCUUUGACGGGAAACUGGCUUGUGAGUGACCAAUGCUGGUGUGCCUCAAGUGCUUAUCUACAUCACUGAUCUAGAUAGAAGCUUAGUUAAAUAUAUACCCAUCCUUUUCCACUGGGUGAUUUUUCAUGUUUUGUACCCUGGUGCAUUGUUACACUUCGUAUACGCUAAAGGGGGAAAAAUAUCACAGACUUAGACUUCAGAGGAGACUUGUUUUAUAGGUCCAGUAUUAUUUUACCACUGAGUUUAUUUAAGUGGAAGCAAAGUCAUUUAAGUUAUUUCAAGUAAAAUUAAAUGGUCUCUCUUUUUAUAUU